CAUAUUGGAUGUUGUGCUACUUGUGCACGAUUCACUAAUAUAUAAUACUAAUAGUAAUACUAGACUAGAAUUGAUAUAAUAAAUAUAAGUAUGAAUUGUGCACCAUCCUUUGGAGUACAUGAUGACAUGAAACUAAACACUGUCAAGCCAGGUGCCAGCAGUGUGAAACUAGAGACAAACGCUUUUGGAAGUGAUGUUCAUGUACAACAAAGUAACGAGGUUAGCCUUAGGGAGCUAAAAGAUGAAAAUGGGCGGUUAUUCAGACUACUUAGUGAAAGAGAGUACCAGUUAAAGCAAAUCCAGAAACAACAUGAACAAAACUCCACGUUUGAUGAUGCGGGUGGACGUGCAGGGGACCUGGCUGCUACUAAGAUUGUGGAACUAUCCAAAAAGCUGCGAGAGGUAAAUGCACAGAUGGAGCAGGAGAGGACACGGGCGCGGCAGUUGGCCAAGAAGGCAAAAGAUCUUGAGGAAGAGGUUAAAUCCUUUCAAAAUGCUCAGGGUAGUAAAAGACCCGAUUUAGAAAUAACAGGAGCAAUACACAACAGAGUGCAGUAUAGCCCCAGUGGUGAGACAUGUACAAAGGCCACCCAGGAAAGGCUGCAGCAGCUGCAGACAAAAGUUGGAGACUACAGAAACCAGUGUGAAACAUUGAAGAAAGACCUUAAGAUCGUCUUGAAAGUGCUGUCGAGUGAGAUGGGAGAGGAGAUGAACAUGAGCAAUGCAUCUUCGCUUCUGAACUCGCCCAGUAGCUGGAGAGGAAGGUCCCAGCAGAUCUGCACGCUACGCAGCAAGGUUGCAGAGCUAAAAGAGAAGUUGAGCAAGCAGAACAAUACAUCAGUAGACUCCUCAUCGAGUCUGGAGCCAGAAAACACAGCAGCAGUGCCAUCAGCGGCUGACAGGCACCGCAACCAGCUGAAGAAGACGGAGAGAGAGCAGAAGGAAUUGCAGAAGAGAGCCACCACAGAACUAAAGGCACUCGAAGAUGAUUAUGCGCAGCUGAAGAUGAAACUCGAUGCACUCAAGGCAAGAAACCAAGUUCUGGGCAGUGAGGUGAAGCAGACGAAAUCCCAGAUGGCUGUGCUCGUUGAGAAGGGUUGCCAUGACAACGAACUGGUCGACGCUCUUAUGAAACAGCUGGGACAGCUGAAGCAGGCGGUCGCGGACGGAGCCGAGCUUCAGGCGACGAUGCGGGAGGAGCAGCAUGCGCAGCUGCAGGACCGGCGGCUGGGGCAGCAGCGCGACGCAGCAGCGGCAGAGCAGCUGAGGACGCUGCUUGCCGAGCGAGAGGACCGAGUGAAGCAGCUCGAAGCACAGCUCAGCGAAGCCAAACAGGGCUUCAGCAAGAAGCUGGCUAGUCAGUGCGGUGAGCUAACGUCAGUGUCACACAUACCGCUAGCUGUCAGCCGCCUGUCACCAGCUGUCAAUGCGGUGUCACCUCAGAAUAGUUCCUCCCGGCAAGGGACGCCAGACAGUUGCAGAAUGGCAGCACCAAAUCAGACCCAACUAGUCGGAGAAGGUGUGGCAGCAGACGCGCUCAUGCUGGAGUGUCAGCAAUGUUCCAUCGUGAGGGAGGCGGCAGCGACGGAGCAGGAGAGGCUGCUGCAGCUGGUUGCCGCGAUGCAGAAACGGAACGAUGACGCGAUUAGCAGACAGAUGGAGCUGCAGUCGGCCCUGGAGCGCGAGCGACGUAAAGCCGCGAAGGUUGGCGGGCGUGGUCCGGGCGUCGCCGGUACAGGGAGGUCACCCCAGGUGACGCCGACUCGCUCGUCUACCACGACGACCUUCCGGCUGGAGGAUCUAUCAACCAGGUAAACUUGUGGUUCCGGCAAGCAAGGCGAGACAAUGAUUCCUCCUCGCAGCGCAUUGCACUUCCUUCCAUUCUCAUCGCGUGUAGUCGUUCAAAAGUCGUGAGAGGUGCCGUGCCCCCUGGGUGGGCCUUCAUUUGCAGCCGUUGUUGGCAGCAGACUACUAAGUCUUGUGUGCAGGCAGUUUUUCACAACAAAGUUUAUGACACAACACAUGCAACACUGGAGAGAAGUUUGACUUUCUAUUCAGUUAGUAACCCAGCAUAGUUGUCACGUUUUUAUCCGAAGCCCCAACGAACGCUACCAGCGUGCAUGCUAUAUGCUACACUACUGCGUACCUUACAUGCUACAGUAUGAGCAAGGCAAACCACAAUAAAAUAGAUAUUUGACGUAAGAGUUACACUCCAUGUCAAGUAUCGCGUUGUUGUUGUUGUUGUUGUUGUUGUUAUUUACACAUCACUACAAAGUUGCGGCAGCGCGCCUCGGCCCCGAGUGUUAUGCAUGCUACUGCGUCGUGCGUCUACGUCGCGAGAAGUCCCGAGUGAGGUUUCCCCAUGUUUUUCUUCGCCAGGCUGGAGAUCCAGCAGGAUGAGAACGCCGCGCUGAGGGAAGCGUUGAGGAGCACGCAGCGUGGCCAGGAGGCAGACCUGCUGCAUUAUCGUGACGUCAACGACAAUAUCAAGCGCGUCUUCCUGCAGGGCCUGAAACGCUGCAGGCGCGAGGCGACUUGACGCGAGAUCCGCAGCGAGCGAGGGAAGGAUCACCUAGACACACUCACCGUCAGAACAGUGCACAGCGGAGUACAGCAACACAGUACAGUACAGUACACUGUAUUGUGCAGCAGCAGGACAGUACGAGCGGGAACUGCCUUUCCCUCCCCCGCACGCUGCACUGACGCGGUGUGCAGUGGCGUGCCGUCUCCACGGCUAGGAACCUGCCAUAAUCUGGCCACGUCAGGAGGACACGCCAGCUCGUUAGGCGUAGCGUUAAUUACGACGAGGCUACACACGCUCACGGGUGGUCGCGUUACAUCAUUGUGCUGUUAUGCCGCGUCGAUUACGUUGUUGCAGUAUUUACAGUGGGUACGAUAUUACGGUGGUAAAUAAAGGUUUAGUCGUCUUUGA